AUAUUCCUCGCGCCGGAAGAGAAGAGGUACAUUUCCCAGCCAUCUUGUGGCAGUAUUUAGCGAAUUGUUCGCACCAAGCCUCGUAGAAUCGGAGGUGAAUUCCGCUGAAGGGGCGCGAUCAUGCCCGGGCAUCUACAAGAAAGCUUCGGCUGCGUCGUAACCAAUCGGUUCGACCAGCUAUUGGACGAUGAAUCGGACCCUUUCGAGGUGUUAAAGGCGGCGGAGAAUAAGAAGAAAGAGGCGGCUGCAGCUGGUAUCACCAAAUCUGCAGCCCAAGCCGCCAAGCAGCCCAAGAAGGAGUCACAGAAGGACAGGAAGAAUCCGCUCCUUGACAAGAAAGAUGAAACACAGGCUGCAGUGCCUCUGAAGAAAGAAGGUAUCAGGCGGGUGGACCGAAGGCCGGACCAGCAGGGCCAACCUGGCUCCCAGCACAAGGCCGGGCAGGGCGAGGGGCGGCCCGCCGGCGAGAGGAGGCCAGACAACAGGAGACCCCCACGUGAGCGCCGCUUCGAUAAACCCAUCGAGGACAAGCCCGACGUCGGAGAGAGAGGAGAGUUCUCUGCAGACAAACCUUUCGUAGACCGGCCCCUCAGAGGGCGUGGUGGCGGCCGAGGUGGGCGUGGUGGACGGGGCCGGGGCAUGGGCCGGGGUGACGGCUUCGACUCCCGUGGCAAACGGGACUUCGACAGACACAGUGGCGGCGGUGACAAACCUCAGAAAUCCGAGGAGAAGCGUGGCGGGAGUGGCUCUCACAACUGGGGGAACCCCAAGGACGAAACAAGAAUUUCUGUUCCCAGUGGUGAUGCUGAACAGACUGCUGCCCCCGAGGGAACCCCUGAGGGAGUGGAACACCCUCCUGCUGACUCUGAGAACAAGGAGAACGAGGUGGAGGAACCAAAGGAGGAGGGCCCCAAGGAGAUGACCCUGGACGAAUGGAAAGCCAUGCAGGACAAGGAACGCGCCAAAGUGGAGUUCAACAUCCGCAAGCCCAACGAGGGUGCCGACAGCAAGUGGAACAAAGGCUACGUUCUGCACAAGUCCAAGAGCGAAGAUGUCAGUGACGAAAAGCUGAAAGACAGACCAGCUGUGAUUGAUGCUCCGGAGAUUGAAGCAGACACAACCUCUCUGUUCAAGGGCAAUCCUGACGAAGUUGGCCCGGACCACCACUUCCGCAAGCCCGCCAAUGACAUCACAGCCCAGCUGGAGAUCAACUUUGGAGACCUGGGCCGGCGCGGGCGGGGGGGAGCCCGUGGAGGAAGGGGAGGCCGCGGUGCGGGAGGAGGCCGAUCUGAAAAGCCGGAUGGAGUGUCCGUUCCCAACGUUGACGACCCAGAGGCCUUCCCAGCCCUGGCUUAAUACUCUAGCACCACUACCAGCCCGCCCCAUCAGCCCCUCCGGGCAUUAGCCCCGCCCCUCCGGGCCCCUCCUCUACGAGGCUUGCAUGCUUACAACUUCUUCAAGUAUACGAGAAAAAAAAGACUAAGGACUGAAAUUUUAACCUGUUUUAAAAUGACAGAGAAAAGACACAAAAAAAGCGGAAAAUGGACAUCUCUUGUUGAACUGAAGCAAAUUAUUGGUAAAAGUUUUGUAUUUAGAGACAUGAUAGCAGGGAUGUUUUCAGACAGUAUGUUUCUUUUCUUCAGAUAUUAUGCAUACUUUAUGGAUAUUUUUUCUGUAUUGCUGCUUGAAAAAAUGCAUUUCAAUUUGUGUGUGUGCGUGUGUGUGUGUGUGUGUUUUAACCCCGAGGCUUUGGCUGGCUUUUCCUCAUGACUUUAUCUGAAUAUUUUGGGGUCAUCUUAGACAAGCUUUUAUUUUGAAAGGGUGACUUUUAAGUCAUGUAUUACUCUGAUGUUAAACUCAAUACAUUUGAGUACCUUUUGUACUAAAUCUUUUACUGUGUUUUAAAAAUGUACCUGUAUUCUAGUGACCCCUUGAGCUUAAUAUUCUUCUGCUUGUCAUGCAGUGAAAGUGAAUUUCCUUUAUUUUCCUGUUGCUCUUAUUCUUCUCGACCAGUGGUUCAUGUCCCUGGUCCUUAACUGCCUAUGUCUUCAGGGCAGCCAGGGUCCAAAUGUAUUUCUAGGCUGGUCCUUGAAGGUCGUACAGGCUUUACUACUAGUAACCAUAGGACCACUAUACGAAUAUAUUGUAUUAUUCGCGUGACCAAAUCUUUGUGUGUGUGCGUGCAUGCAUGCGAAAUUGAUUGGGUUCAUUGUGAACAUGAACAAUAGUUACUUAUAGGACUUAAAGAAUUCCCCUGUCAUGAACUUGCCUUCUUCCGGGCCACAAGUUCAAAAGCAGCUCUCUUUUUCCUGAAGUAGUUGUUAUUUCUGAGAACAUUGUUGUUUCAUACUAGGGAAGAUGGUCGACUGACUGUGCACAUAUCUUGUUUCCAUCAGCACCAGUACUCUGAAACUUGUUUAUUUUUAUUUUUUUUCCUCGUGAUCAUCUUUGCUGUUACUGUUCUAUUAUUAUUGUUGUUGUUGUUGUUGUUGUUGUUGUUGUUGUUGUUAUUAUUAUUAUUAUUAUUAUUAUUACUACAGCAGCACUACUCCUUAAUUUGUCUGGAAGAAAUGGUCCGUUCAAUGUGGGGCAAUCGAGUGCUACAGAAUGUAUGACUGCUCACCUUGCGUAUAGUCAUCUGUGUCUAGCAUUUCCAGUAGAGGAUUUAUUUGACCAAAGUGGGUAUACUUCACACCACAGGGUGGGACAACGGCCCCUAAUAACUGCUGAAGCGGAACUACUGGAAUGGCAUAAAACAACAUGGAAACCAUGGAAACCAUCAGUUAGAUGUAUUUAAUUCCACUGAUUCUGCUUCAGUCAUUACCAUGAGCCCGUUCUCCUCAAGCUGUCACCAACCUCCUGUGCUUCACACAUUUGGGUUGGGGAAGAGGUACAUUUAAGGCGAAUAUUGUAAGUGACUGAAAGCUUUAUAUUACAGUGCUCUGGAAAGACUUGCUGGUAAUGCACUGACACAGGUGACUGGCGCAAGCCUUUUGUAGGACUGUUUGAGCCACUUGACGGUAGACUUCUCUGCAAACAUCCCUGUUCUAAUAAAUUACUUAAGAGGUGUUAAAUGUA